UUUUAACACACCUCAAGUUAUGUCCAUGUUUAUUCGUUUUCCAAAUACUCCUGCACAGUGGGAGGAAACAAUUGCAAGGUAAUUGACUAUUUCAGUAUAAUUUGUUGGAUUGAGAUGUCCUUGUAUGACAAAAUAUUGUACUACAGGAAUGGGUUACUUGGACUACCAAGAGUGCUUGGCCUGGUAGAUGGCACUCUUGUCAAAAUAUUUCCCCCAAAGUUGGCAGAGUUCAGAGAAGGGUACUAUUGUCGAAAGGGGUACACAGCUCUCAACGUCCAAGUGGUAAGUUAAAGUCCAUGCCUCUGCUGUGUGUUUCAGUAUGUUGAACAAACUAGAAUUGUGGUGAUAUUUGUCCACAGGUGUGUGAUACCAACUUGUAUAUUAUGAGUAUUGAUGCACGUUACCCAGGAAGCUGCAAUGAUAAAUUCAUUUUUAAGAAGAGUGGGUUACGCGACAUAAUGAAAGAGGCAUAUUGGGAUAACCACUGUUGGCUACUUGGAUAUUCGGGAUAUACAUAUGAGCCAUGGAUGCAGCUCCCUCUACCUCAUGCAACUCCAGAAACACCUGAAGGAAGGUACACAAAGCUGCAUUGCAGAGCACGCAGCAAAGUUGAGCGCUGUAUUGGCUUGCUAAAAGCUAGGUGGAGAUGUCUUUUAAAUGACCGGACCCUUCACUACAGCCCAGUUAAAGCAGGUGGCAUUGUGAACGCUUGUGCUGUCCUCCACAAUUUUGUGCGACAGCAUAAUGUCCUGGAUUCUCAGCCUAUUGUGUUACCAGAUCCAGAAGAUGUUUUUGAGGAUUGGGAGGAAACAAUUGCAAGGAAUGGGUUACUUGGACUACCAAGAGUGCUUGGCCUGGUAGAUGGCACUCUUGUCAAAAUAUUUCCCCCAAAGUUGGCAGAGUUCAGAGAAGGGUACUAUUGUCGAAAGGGGUACACAGCUCUCAACGUCCAAGUGGUAAGUUAA